UUUUCUUGUUUCUUUCUUCUGUUUUCCUUUUUAUCUUCUCCCCAACCCCAUCCCCAUCCCCAAUCCUUCCACAGUUUCGUUACCAGACAUGGGGUUUCCUAACAAUCAAGACUCGGAGUCGAUGAGGAGGAAUGGAAGGGGGAAGAUUGAGAUCAAGAGGAUCGAGAACACCACAAAUCGCCAGGUCACCUUCUGCAAGCGCCGCAACGGUCUCCUUAAGAAAGCCUAUGAACUCUCCGUCCUCUGCGAUGCCGAGGUUGCCCUAAUUGUGUUUUCCAGCCGUGGAAGGCUCUACGAAUAUGCAAACAACAGUGUUAGGGCAACUAUAGACAGGUACAAGAAAGCAAGUGCUGAUUCCUCUACUUCUGUCUCCACAUCUGAAGCUAACACUCAGUUUUACCAGCAAGAAGCAAACAAGCUGCGCAGGCAAAUACGUGAGAUCCAGACUACUAACAGGCAAAUUCUUGGAGAGGGAGUAGGCAGCAUGGCUUUGAAGGAUCUCAAGAGCAUGGAAGGAAAAAUAGAGAAAGCAAUCAGCAGAAUCCGUUGUAAGAAGAAUGAGUUGUUGUUUGCCGAGAUAGAGCUCAUGCAAAAGAGGGAGGUGGAGCUACACAACGCUAACAUGUUUCUACGAGCAAAGAUAGCUGAGAGUGAAAGAGCACAGCAGCAAAUGAACUUGAUGCCAUCGGCAGGAUCGUCUGAACAAUACCAGCCGAUGACUACUUCGCAGUCCUACAACGACGUCCGGAAUUUCCUCCCGAUGACACUUAUGGAAACCAACGAGCACGACUACCCCCGCAGCCAUGACCACACUCCUCUCCAACUAGUCUAACAACUUCAAAGACCAUACCAAUGGCGCUUCAUCGACGGAUCGAACGUCUGAGAUGCAAAAAUAUAAUGAAAAACAGUAUCUUCUUUAUUGAAUCUUGUGUGAAGUUUCAGGAGUUAUUUUGAGCAAUUUUCAAUGUAAAAGGUAACUGCACUUACUUUGGAUUUUCAUUGUAAAAGCAGCUCUAACUAAUUAUGUGUUCAACUUGUGCUGCUGCCUAUGGACAAUAUUUGUAAUA